AUGCAAAUAAUUACAGAGAAACCAAAAAUAACAUUUAGCACCUUUGAGGAGGACUUUAAAAAUAAUGAUCAUUCUGAUUAUUCAAAAUAUAUAAAAGGGCAUGAUAAAAACAGAGAUCAAGAAUAUUUAUAUGCAAACAGACUAAUAUCUUUGGAUAGAAACAGUGAACAAAGAAGAAAAGAAUCUCCUAGUAAAAAACCAGGUUUAUGUGUAGAUGAGUUAUGUACAUGUGGUUUUCAUAAAUGUCCUAAAAUAAUAAGACCAUUACCAUUUGAAGGUGAAAGUAAUUACAGAAGUGAGUUUGGACCAAAACCACUACCUGCUUUGCCUCCCAGGGCAGAAACAAAAUUAGUUAAAUCAUUACCAUUUGAAGGUGAGAGUAAUUACAGAAGUGAGUUUGGACCAAAACCACUACCUGCUUUGCCUCCCAGGGCAGAAACAAAAUUAGUUAAAUCAUUACCAUUUGAAGGGGAAAGCAAUUAUAGAAGCGAGUUUGGACCUAAACCUUUACCUGCUUUGCCACCAAAAGUUGAACAAAAACAGCCAAAAUCAUUACCAUUUGAAGGUGAAAGCAAUUAUAGAAGCGAAUUUGGUCCAAAACCUUUACCUGCUUUGCCUCCCAGGGCAGAAACGAAAUUAGUAAAAUCAUUACCAUUUGAGGGAGAGAGUAAUUAUAGAAGCGAAUUUGGUCCAAAACCUCUACCUGCUUUGCCACCAAAAGUUGAACAAAAACAGCCAAAAUCAUUACCAUUUGAAGGUGAAAGCAAUUAUAGAAGCGAAUUUGGUCCAAAACCUCUACCUGCUUUGCCACCAAAAGUUGAACAAAAACAGCCAAAAUCAUUACCAUUUGAAGGUGAAAGCAAUUAUAGAAGUGAGUUUGGACCUAAACCUCUGCCAGUUUUACCACCAAAAAUUGAACAAAAACUUCCAAAAUCGUUGCCAUUUGUAGGUGAGAGUAAUUAUAGAAGCGAGUUUGGUCCAAAACCGCUACCUGCUUUACCUGCGAAGGUAGAAACAAAAUUAGUAAAAUCAUUACCAUUUGAAGGGGAAAGCAAUUAUAGAAGCGAGUUUGGACCUAAACCUUUACCUGCUUUGCCACCAAAAGUUGAACACAGACCACCAAAGUCUCUACCAUUUGAGGGAGAGAGUAAUUAUAGAAGUGAGUUUGGCCCAAAACCGCUCCCCGAAUUACCUCCAAGGAGUGAAGCUAAAUUAAUGAAACCAUUGCCAUUUGAAGGACAAAGUAGCUAUAGAAAUGAGUAUGUACGUAAAGUGCUUCCCCUCUGCCCAGUUGAUUUAUUACCUAAAUAUCCUGCACCUACAUACCCAUCUCAACACAUAUUUUGGGAUGCCGCAUCUAGGACUUGGUACUAA